AUGGAUGCCACUGAGGAGCCGUUUGCGUUGCCAGCAGAGAGGGAGGAUGAUGAGCAGAUGGAUUUGAUGACAGAUAUGGGGCCAGACAGUAUCGAGAAUCAAACUACGCUUGCUGAGAAUUCAAAUCCCGAACUCUUGGAGCAGGGAAUUCCCUUGGAACUCUUUCUCAGCGCAACAACAAGUGCACUGGAGCUAGAUGCCUUAUCAUCGCAUGCCCCAUCCCUGUCGGGAAACGAUCUGCUGGGUGUCGUCAGUGUAGAUAAAUUGGAAGACGGAGACGGCGGUGAUCAGCCCCUGGUGCUGUUCAUAGUGACGGACAAUGGCUGCGAAUCACCGGUUGCGAGUUGA